AUGGGAAAUAGCCCGUCUAAAAAUGAUCCUCUGCCGACUAAUUCAUCUGCUAAUCAAACAUUAAAUCAAUCAACAAGCUCCAAUGGGGAGUUAGAAUCAGAUGAAUCCAUACCCCCGCUAUCGGGUUUAUCUGGUAAUAAAUUAAAUGGAAGUUCCAAAACUUCCGCCAUCAAAAUUGUUAAUAAAAACGAUAACAAAUUCAAUUCCAAUUAUUAUAAUACCAAUAGCAACACCCCAUCCAGCAUUUAUAAGAAAAACGGCGUACAAAUAUCACCUAAGAAGAAUAGUAAGUCGAAUGGGAAUCAUGAUUUAGCACUAGACUUGGAAAUAGGGGUAUCUAUGGCGAAAUUGUUGAGCAAUAGCUCACCAUCUGCGCCAGGCAGUAACAAGUUGUCAUUACCUUCUCAGCAAGAAUAUAGUUCAUCAUUUGAUAGCGAAAAGUCCGAGGUCUCAACAGUAUCUCCUGUGUUUACCACGUUGGGUGAAUACAAGGACGAAGAUCUGUUACUGUCUUUGGGAUCUUCAGGGCCAAAUGAUAACUUUGGUGUUGUCAAGGGCGACUUAGACUUAGAUACAAUUGUGGAAAUAUCAUUGGAAUCAACUCCUGAACCCCGGAAAGUUCCUGAUAAAAGUAUCGACCAACCUAAAAAACACUUAGAUACGCAGAUUAGCCUGACUAGCUCUACUUCUUCAUUACAAUCACCAGUGGAAAAUUCAAACGUCAAGAGACCUCAAGUCAAUGUUGACGAGAUUAUCGACAGAUUAUUAGAAAUUGGUUUGAAAAGACCAAAUAAUUCGUCGGCGAAUUCGUCACGUAAGAAUAAGGACAAGUUACCGUUGACUUCUCAGGAAAUCAAGUACGUUUUGAAUAAGUCUCGUUCAAUUUUCUUAGAUCAACCAACACUUUUAAGAUUGUCACCGCCUGUAAAAAUUGUUGGUGAUAUCCAUGGUCAAUUUCAUGAUCUAAUCAGAAUUUUUAAUAGCUGUGGUUAUCCUCCUUAUACAAAUUAUUUAUUCUUAGGUGAUUAUGUUGAUCGUGGAUAUAAAUCUUUAGAAACCAUUUUGCUUUUAUUGUGCUACAAAAUAAAGUACCCUGAAAACUUCUUCAUGUUGAGAGGUAAUCAUGAGUCUGCAAACAUUACUAAAAUUUAUGGGUUUUAUGAUGAGUGCAAGAGAAGGUUACCUAGCAUUUCAGGCAAUCAUAAACUAUGGAAAACUUUCGUUGAUGUCUUCAACGCUUUGCCAAUAGCGGCCACCAUUAAUGAUAAAAUAUUUUGCAUUCAUGGUGGUCUAUCUCCAGACUUAGCUGAUUUGAAGCAAAUUGAAAAUAUUAAAAGACCAACUGAUAUCCCUGAUAAUGGGUUAUUGGCUGAUUUAUUAUGGUCUGAUCCUGAUCCUCUGAUUAAGAAUUUUUCCCCAACUAACUGGCCCAAAAAUGACCGAGGGGUUUCUUACUGUUUUGGAAAAAAGCAUGUCGAUUACUUCUGUUUGAAAUUUAAAAUGGAUUUGAUUGUGAGAGGUCAUAUGGUGGUUGAAGACGGCUACGAAUUCUUUGAUAAAAGAAAAUUGGUCACUGUUUUCCUGGCUCCUAAUUAUUGUGGUGAGUUUGAUAAUUAUGGAGCCAUUAUGAGUGUUGAUAAAUCACUAUGUUGUUCUUUUGAGUUGAUUAAACCACAAUAA